GCGCUGUUCACUUCUAGUUUUUGGAAGUACAUCCAGUAUUCGAAUAGAAGAACAACACGACAUGUGGGGAAAACGCUAGUACUAACCUACCUUUUCACUUUUUUUUUUAAGGUCGAUACAAUGUAACUGUAAUGUUGACGAACAAGGCUGGUUAGCGUUCGAGCUCCGUGUGAAUAGAAUGCCGGCGGCGUUCUAGAACCAUGUGUUGAGCUCAAUUAGGUUUCGGUCAUGUAUCUCGGGUGCUGUCGUAGAGUUCGUCUGCUUCGGAGUCCGGCGGCGGUCUGCCCUCGCAGAAGCCUGUCAGAUGUCCCCGUCUCCCCGGAUGACAGGGAGCCCGGCUCCGAGGACAAGCCCCGGAGAACACGCAGAGCUCCGGGGAAAGCGUCUGUCCUUCUGUUCCCCGGCCAGGGCAGUCAGUUCGUCGGUAUGGGAAAAGGUCUCUUGAAGUAUGGGAACGUCAAAGACAUGUUUGAUGUCGCCGAGAAGGUGCUGGGCUAUGACCUGCUGUCUCUGUGCUUGAACGGACCCGAGGAAGACCUGAUGAAGACCGUGCACUGCCAGCCGGCUGUGUUCGUCUGCUCGCUGGCUGCUGUGGAGAGACUGAACCGGGAGAACCCCGCUGCCGUUGAGAGCUGUGUGGCUGCGGCAGGUUUCAGUGUUGGGGAGUACGCUGCUUUGGUCUUCUCUGGUGCAAUGAACUUUACUGAAGCUUUGUUUGCAGUUAAGGUGAGGGCAGAGGCAAUGCAGAAGGCCUCUGACCUUGUACCCAGCGGCAUGUUGUCUGUGAUUGGCCGACCUCAAGCCAACUACAAAUCCUCCUGCGUCCAAGCGAGGGAGCACUGUUCGUCUCUCGGCAUCCGAGAGCCUGUGUGCGCCAUUGCCAGCUACCUUUUUCCGGAUGGGAGAGUAAUAGCCGGCCACAAAGAGACUUUGGAUUUCCUUCAACAUCGCUCCAGAGCGCUGAACUUAAUGAGAACGCGGUUGCUGCCGGUUAGCGGGGCCUUUCACACCGCCCUGAUGGAGCCAGCAGUCGAGCCUCUGAGAGACGUCCUCAAAAAGAUAGAGGUACGGCGGCCAGAGAUCUCUGUGCACUCCAAUGUGGACGGCAAGCGGUACAUGCAUGACAAGCAUGUGCGCAAACAGCUGGUCAAACAGCUGGUGUCUCCGGUGAAAUGGGAGCAGACGUUGCAUGAGAUUUAUGAAAGACACCAGGGGCAGGACUUCCCUUACACGUAUGAGGUGGGACCUGGGAGACAGUUGGGCUCAACGCUACAGAAGUGCAACAUGAAAGCCUUUAAGAACUACACGCACGUAGAUGUUGUAUCGCAAUAGGACCCGUGUGCAGGAAAACGUCUUCUUUAAAAUCAAUGCAAAAAAGCCAAACGGUUUGUUUUUCUUUUUAAAAGUUUUAUUGCGCUUGUUGGUUUGGAAAGUCCAGCUUCCUUUAGUAGUGCAGAAAUGCUUUUAGAGGAAGAGGUAACAAUUCAUUGGCCCAAAUAUCCAGCAGUAGACCCAAAACACACACACAAAAAAAACAACCUUUGUCAAAAUCCUGCACAUAUUGACUUAUAUGUGAACCAGCACUUCAUUCAAAUCAGUUAUAAAAGAGAUUUUAAAAUAAGCAGUUUUCUUUAAAAAAUCAGCUUCGGUUACAUUUGAGCCAAAGACCAGCUCUUGACCCCCUCGAUGUCACGUUCAGCCUUCAUAUUCGUUCCAAGUUAUAAGGAAGAUGGAAACGGUGACCAGAAGUAAAGCAGAUGCUAGUAUACACGUGGUCCUGCGAGACCAGUCGGCAACGGGCAAGUUGGAUACCUGAGAAGAGACCACAAAAAAUAUUCAAUUAGUUUAUAUACCAGGUUUGCCACUGCCGAGGUUUUUUUAAUUAUACGUUUUUAAGCCUACGUGAAUGCGUUGAAAUGAACAAGAUCCUAAACGAAUCAGAAUUUCUGUAGAAAAUACUUUUUGUAAAGCUGUUCAUACUCCUCAAAGUGUGUAUGCGGCUAGAAAUUGUGCUUUUGCCGAAUUUUUUCUUUAAAAAUCCCCCAAAGAGUUACAGAAAAAGCGUAGAAACGCAUUAAAAACUGGGAACCAUCAAAUGCAGACUCUAAAUAAUGAUAAGAUAUUAUUAAAUAAUAAUAAUAUUCAGCAGGGACUUCUAAAAUUGAUCGAAAGUAACAGUAGAGACAUUCCGAUAAUAUUCCAUUUCAGAUAAAUGCUGUUCUCUGGAACCUGCUGUUCAUUAAAGAAUUCAGAAAAAGAAA